GCAGCAGUUAGUUCAACUUAGUGAUAUAAAGUGGCUAGAGGCUUAAAUUAUUGUAAUGUCGACGGAAAUUAUUAAAAUAAUUCACAAUUUAUGCUUUGGCCUGAGAAGAAAACAUGUUCUGUUUGUGAUAGCUUUGGUGACUGUAAUAAUUUAUUAUGAUUUCUAUAAUAUUCAUAGUCUUAAAUCCAGAUUAAGUCUCUAUGAUACCAAACGGUAUAUAGAGAUGAGGUUAGCGCAGACAUUGAAAGAGGAUAAAGGUACAGGCUGUCAGAUUCCAAAGCUGAACCCAUACUCCAAAGAGGUGACCCAGUUUGAUGUGGACAUGCCCAAAGUUAUAUGCAGCGGAGAAGACUGGGUGAAAUGCUAUCUAUCAGAAUGCAAAUUGGUUCCUCAUAUUUUGGAGACGACCGAUUAUGUAGUGUGUACGUACAAUGACAUCAUAUACGUUAAUGACAAUAAGUACACUUUUGGACCUCCAGUGAAGGUACACGCGUCAGAUAACUACGUACUCUCUAAAAGUGACCAUGUAAAGAUAUCCUGUAGGGGUGUUCAAAAGAACAGCACUCGCGCCUCAAAAUGGAAGGGAUAUGGUGUUGGUUACCGCGAAUAUGUCAAUCCUAAGACUCCACCGCCAGGCAGAGAAAACACAUUCAACAUCCUACUGUUCGGUUUUGACUCCACAUCCAGGAAUGGCUUUAUACGGAGGAUGCCGAAGAGCUAUAAGGUUCUUACUGAAGAGUUGGGCGCGACUGUCUUGCAUGGAUACAAUAUAUUGGGCGACGGAACGCCAGCCGCGUUGUUGCCGAUAUUAACUGGCAAGACCGAACUGGAGUUGCCGGAUGUUAGGAAGAAGGCAAAAAACAAUGAUACUCUAGAAUCGAUCCCAUUUAUUUUUUACAAAGCAGCCGAAGAUGGUUACCGUACAGCGUUUUACGAAGAUAUGCCCUGGAUAGGUACGUUUAAUUACCGUUUCAAAGGGUUCCAGCGACAGCCGUCCGAUCAUUAUCUUAGAGCUUUGCUGAUGGAUGAGACAACGAAGGGCAAGAUAUGGUUGCGGCAGCCAAAGCGACGCUACUGUUUUGGUGACUCACCUCAGUACAAAAUCAUGUUCAAUCUUACUGAACAGCUCUUCAUGCUCCAUGGCAAGAAGUUUUGCUUUACUUUCAUAGUUGACAUUACCCACGAUGACUUCAAUUACAUCACCACAUCUGAUGAAGAUUUCGUGGACUUCUUGAGGAACUUCUUGAAGCUGGGGAGAGGAGAGGACACCAUGAUGCUGGUGUUUGGUGAUCAUGGACCCAGAUAUGCCAAAGUGCGAGCCACAUUGCAAGGUAGACUUGAAGAGCGGAUGCCACUGAUGGCCAUCCGUCUGCCUGAUGCGCUCCGGAGACGACAUCCCCACGCUCAGGCCAGCCUGGAAGCGAACGUGGACGUGCUGACCACGGCGCACGACGUACACGCGACUGUUCUAGACGCCAUGGAUCUGAGGAAAUACUGGAACCCCUACAGGAUCAAUGGCGCUGAUCUAACUAGGGGGUUGACGUUGUUAGAAGAGAUCCCCAAGAAUCGUUCAUGCAGCGAGGCGGGAAUUGAACCCCAUUGGUGUUCGUGUCUGACCUGGGAGAACAUAUCACAUGAGGACGUGAUAUACACAAAGACAGCAAACGUACUCGUGGAUUAUAUUAAUUCACUCACAGAAUAUAUGAGAUCGCGAUGUGAGAUUCGUACUCUAACCAAUAUAGAGUGGGUGAUGCGACAGCGUGUUAACAACGGUGUGUUGACGUUUGUGGAGGCCAAAGACGCUGAUGGUUACGAGGGGAGGUUCGGUGAUAAGUUGAGACCUGCUAGAGAGAACUAUCAGGUCAAGAUAACAGUAGGCCCUGGUAGAGGCGUGUACGAAGCUUCUAUGACCUACGUUGUUAAAGAAGACAAAUUCUAUCUGGACUCCCGGGAUAUCUCUAGGACUAACGCAUACAACAGUGAACCGCAUUGUAUUACCGAGAAUAAUCCUCAUUUAAACAUGUAUUGUUAUUGUAAGAAUAGUUCGUAGUAAUUUGCGACUUGCAAACUGUUUAGUUACUUAAAAUGUUAUGUAAAUACUGAAGCAAUACAAGUUUAUUAACAAACAAGUUUAAUAUAGAAUUUUUGUCUGUUUAUUUAAUAUUUCAUGAAUUUACGAGAGGUGGGGACAACAUAACAUUAUAGGCUACAAGUUACUGUUGGAGACAAAGUAUUUGUCCACGCGGACGACAUCGCAGGCAACAACUAAUCUAGAAUACCUAAGGAAACAUGCACUUUGAAUGUUUUUGUACUGAACAAUAACAAAACCUAAAAUCUGUUUAAAAUUAUGGAAAUAAUAUUAUUAGGUAAUAGCGCAAGGCUGGAAAUAUUUGUAUUAAAUAUGCUUUCAUUGUUGAUUAAUGUUUUGAUCUCAGCUGCGUUCCAACUAGAUACCGCACUACCUAACAACAAUAGCUUUUUAUCACGGCAACUGGUACAUGCUUGUGUGCGUGGAAU